AUGGAGAACGGGGAUGAGUUCUCCAUUUAUUUGAACCAUGGUGGCAAAUUUACUACCAAUAAUUUUGAGAUGGAAUAUGAUGGGUUUGGUUUCAAAAUGUUGCCUAAGUUAGAUGUAGAUAGGUUUGGGUAUCUAGACUUAGAAGAAGAGGUGCAGAACUUGGGUUACAAAAGUUGGGGUAAACUAUAUUACAAGAUGCCAGGGGUUGAAGGGCCUAGUUCAAUGAAGCUUGUCCAUAAUGAUGAUGGGAUAAUGGAGAUGAUAACAUGUGUUAAAAAGGGUCAUAAAGUGAUUGAUGUUUAUGUGGAUGAUUGUGUUGAUGAGGAAAAUGAUAGUGAAGAUGAGGCUCCAAUAGAUGAGGAAAUUUUGAUGAUUCCGAUUGGAAAUAGCAACAGAAAAGGUGAAGGUUCAUCUGAGAGUAGUGAGGAUGAAGAUUAUGUUCCUGUACUUGAGAGUUCAUCUGAUGAUGAUGAUUUAUGUGAUCAUGAGCUUGCUUCUGAUGAUGAGGAGAGAAUCAAAAAGAGAGGAAGACCAAAGAAAAUUGUGGAUUCUUCAGACAUUGCAUCUUUUCCGAAGAGGCCUAAGUUACCAGUUAAGAGAAAUGUCAACUCAACUGUUCAGAAAGAGAGGGCAAUGAUGUCAUCACACAAGAAAGUUCAUUUGAUACAAUCCAGAAAUGUCACAUCUGUUGGGGCAAGCUCAAGUGAAAGAAUGGGUAGAAGAGAGAUGGGUGCUGAAAGUGGGACAAGCAGUCUAGUGGAGUGUGAAACUAAUAUUGGAACUCAAUCUAGUGCAAUAUGA